UGUAUACCCAGCCAUGACGCGGGCGUGUGUGGCCGUGUUUGUAUUCUGUUUGUACAAGUACAAUACUACAAUAUUAUGCUGUACAGUAUAGUACCGGGGAGGCUGUGCGGUGUUGAUGCCGGCGUCCUGCUUCCCGUAUAGGCGUACACACACACUCGGCUGGAGGAAGCGGCAAGCCGUAUAAUGGCCGGGCUGCCUCGGCGCUGUACCGCUGCACAUUUCCGGCUGGCAUAACCGUAUUUGCCUAACCGCGUUCACUUGCUGGCGAUAACUUUGUUGCAUUUACAGCCCCAUUACCGGUCACUGCUAUUGUCUUUAUAUGUAUACACGACUGACAUGUAUAGUCAUUUAUCACGGCGAUGAAUGAGUAACCGGGUUGUCUGCUCUUGAUGUAAUAAUAAUAAUAAUAAUAAUUGCCGGCUGCAUUAUGAUCCCAUCGGCAGCCCUCGCAAAAAACCCUGAUUGAUGAUGUAUAUAUUGUGGAUUACAUGCCUGCUGCUCUCCUGGUUGCCGGCGGGCUCCGGCAACACGGCCAGCUACACGCGGCCGCUGACGAAGGUGGUGUCCACCAAGUACGGGGUGCUGCGCGGGUUACUAACGCAGUUCACCAGCGAUCUGAAGCCGGCGCUGCAGCCGGUGGAGGCCUACCUGGGCAUCCCGUACGCCGCCGCCCCGGUGGGCAGUCUGCGCUUCAUGCCGCCCACCACCCCCUCGCCCUUCGAGGGCGGCGUGCGUAACGCCACGCACUUCGGCCCGGUGUGUCCGCAGGCGGUGCCGGUGCGGAACAAGGAGACGCCCCGCUCCCGGCUGGACUAUCUGCGCCGGCUGGAUGUCUUUCUGCGCAACCAGAGCGAGGACUGCCUCUACCUCAACAUCUACGUGCCCAGUGCAUCGCGCGAGGAGCGUGAGUCGUUGCCAGUAUUAAUCUACAUUCACGGGGAGUCGUACUCGUGGGGCUCGGGGAACCCGUACGACGGCAGCGUCCUGGCCAGCUACGGCAACAUCAUCGUCGUCACCCUCAACUACCGGCUCGGGCCGCUCGGCUUCCUCACCACCGACGACGGACACGCUCGCGGCAAUUACGGCCUCAUGGACCAAGUGGCCGCCAUCCGCUUCGUGGAGGAGAACAUUGAGCAGUUCGGCGGGGACGCCGGGAAUAUCACGCUGCUGGGCCAGGGCAGCGGCGCCGCCUGCGUCAACCUGCUGAUGAUCUCGCCGGUGGCCACCAACAGCAAGCGCCUCUUCCAGCGCGCCAUCCUCCUCAGCGGCUCGGCCCUGGCCCCCCACGCCCUCAGCCACGACCCCCGCAAGUACACCCUGGAGCUGGCGCGGGCGCUGCACUGCCCCACCGGCAACAGCCCCGACCUGGUGCGCUGCCUCAAGACCAAGACGGCUGACGAGCUGGUCAAGGUCCCGCUGGAUAUCCCCCAGUACCUCACCGGCUUCGGGCCGGCCAUCGACGGCGUCUUCAUCCCCAACCAGCCGCGCCAUAUCAUGCGCAACUACGCCAGCCUCUACCGGAAGUACGGUCUGAUGAUCGGGCUGACGCGCAGCGAAGCGGCGCCCCUCUUCACCCGCCGCGACCUGGCGUCCGGCUUCGACGAGGCCCGCCAGAACCGCAUCCUGCGCUCGCUGGUGCGCAACCUCUUCGCCUACCACCUCGGCGAGGUCUUCAUGUCCGUCAAGUUCGAGUACGCCGACUGGGACAAGUCGCCGCGCUCCCUGGCCAACACGCGCGACGCCACGCUGGACGUCCUCAGCGACGCGCUGACCGUGGCGCCCCUCACCGAGGCCGCGCAGCUGCACGCCGGGGCCGUGGCGCAGGAGACCUACAUGUUCCUCUUCCAGCACGCUCACCGCGCCGGCGACGAGGACUUCCCGACGACGCUGGACAGUGUCGCCGGGGACGAGCUGCCCUUUCUCUUCGGCGCGCCGCUCCUGCACCACGGCCGUCUCCAGCCGUGGGGCGGCAACUACUCGGCGGCGGACGCCUACGUCAGCGAAGUGCUGAUCAACCUCUUGGCCAACUACAUCCGCACCGGCGAUCCGCGGAAGAUGCCGCGCCGGCAGACCAUCGGCUUCUCGGACGCCGUCCGGCAGGGCGUCACCUCCGCCAACUGGCCGAAAUUCGACGCCGACCGGCAGCGCUACCUGCAGCUGAGCGCCCGCUCCCGCGACGUCCGCAACCACUACCGCGCCCACAAGACGGCCUUCUGGACGGAGCUCAUCCCCAAACUGAACACCGGGACGUCGCCGCGCAUCAGUCCGGACCACCACGCCUUCUCCGACUUCGACAACAUGGACACCUACGACGGCCUGGUGCGGACGCUGGCCUUUCUGACCCUGCCGCCGCCGCCCCUGCCCCCCUCCAGCACCCCGCCGCCCUGGCGGAACAAGACACGCUCCAAGACCACCUCCCAGUCCACCUCCUCCACCGCGCAGAACACCGACGUCCUCGUCACGCCGCUGGAGCCGGAGCCCAUGGGCUACAACUCCCCGUCACCCACCACGCUGACCAUCAUGAUUGCCGUUGGCUGCACCAUCGUCUUAAUCAACAUUCUCAUCUGUAUCGGUGUCUGUUACCGAAGCAACCGGAAGAAGUACCUAUCGAACCGGCCGCUGCCCGAGAAGCGCAACGGCGUGACCCCCAACCCCGCCGACGCCAAAGCCGAGGAGGCCGACCACGCCGAGACCCUCCUCCCGCCCUCCUCCAGUUCCCACAACAACUACUCGGUGCCGGGAACUCCCCUGCCGGUGAUGCACUACCACCCGGGCCGCACCUUCAACACCUUCUCCGACCCGCACUUCCAACUGCCCUUGCACCUCCCGGACGCCCAGAAGCCCCUGCUGCCGGUGGUGGCCGGGCCCCCGGGGGCGCCGCCGCGGUCCGUGCCCCUGCUGGGGUUGGACCACACCCUGCAGCGGCGCAGUCACGCCGAAUUGCUCAGGAAGGCCGCCACGCUGCAGCACGCCACGCCCGCGGGCGGCGGCACUGGCGGCGGUGGGGCGCCGGAACAGGACGAGACGGCCGUCUGAUCAGGAUGAUCGGAGCCCUUGUCACAAAUCAUUAAACGAAUGGUCUCAAGUCAGAAUUUUUAUGAAUGCGGAUAUUAACAGUAUGUGUGCUGCGCUUAAAGCUUGCUGUGUGCUGUUUACGGGUGACCUUUUGUCUUUUUCUACAAAGUGGUCGUUUUGUCGUUGCAU